UGGUGCGCACCCUACUUCAGAAGUUUGGCUGCCACGUAAAGGAUUUUUUUUCUUAGCAAGUAACAGUUUAAAGCUUUUUUUCUCUCUAUAUAUAUUUUUAUGGACGUUUUCUUCUAGCCUCAGCACAUUUCUUUAAACAUGGUGCCGUUUCCUCGUUGUUAUUUAUUGCCAUCACUGUUCCUUUUUGUCACUGGAGGAAAACUCCCCGAGCCCGACGUGAACAUCGAGGUGAUACACAAACCUUUCAUGUGUCACAGAAAGUCAAAGUAUGGAGACAUGCUUCUUGUUCAUUACGAGGGAUUCCUGGAGAGCAAUGGCACUAUGUUCCAUUCCAGCCGCAAACAUGGGGAUAAAAAUCCAGUCUGGUUCACUCUUGGGCUCCGAGAGGUGCUUAAAGGUUGGGAUAAAGGUCUGCAGGACAUGUGUGCCGGAGAGCGCAGGAAGCUGACCGUCCCUCCAUCACUGGCAUACGGCAAGGAAGGACAAGGUAAGAUUCCUCCCAGCAGUACCCUGAUUUUUGACAUUGAGCUCAUGGAGAUCCGAAACGGUCCCAGGUCCCACGAGUCUUUCCGGGACAUGGAUCUCAACGACGACUGGAAACUCUCUCGACAGGAGGUGAAGCAGUACUUGAAGAGGGAAUUUGAAAAGCACGGCUACUCGCCUAAUGACACACAUCAUGAGGUGAUGGUCGAGGACAUCUUCAAAAACGAGGACGAGGACAAAGACGGCUUUAUAUCGGUCAGGGAGUUCACUUCAGUCCAUGAUGAGCUCUGAAUGGACGGAUUCAACGUCAAAAUGUGUUGAUUUAUAGAUUAACUUUGAAAACAUGGUCAGUUGUUUUGUUUUAUGUUUAUUUUUAAGUUGAUUUACAAUUUGUAUGUUCCUUUUGUGCAUUUCCUACUUUAUUUAUAUUUCCAUUGCCCCCUCAGAUAUAGACCUUAUAGUAUUUUUUUGUUGUAAAAGCUUAAUGUUUUUUUGAGUGAAAUAAACUACAUUGUGUUAAGAAAUUUU